AUGCUCCCGUCCAGACCAUGUCUACAGGCCGCCAGCUCGUUGAAAGCCUCGUUCAAGUCGGCAAUGGCUCGCGUGGCUGCACCGGCAAUGAUCCUUACCGCCGGCACAGCACUGACAUCAGAUGUUCUACAUGGAAUGACCUUAUCGUCUGUUAAUUCUGUGUCAGUGCAUCCAUAUCCACUUAUGCUGUUCAACAUGCAUUUACCGAGCUACACUUCGGCCUCUCUACAUAAACAUGGACACUUGGCACUCCAUUUGAUGCCGCCCACUCGAGAAUCAGUUGAGUUGGGACGGAGUUUUGCUAGUGGAGUGAAACAGGACCCUUCGCAUUUCAAAGUGAACUCCACAGACGGAAGUUUUAAAGAAAUGACGACUCCAUUUAGUGGGUUUGACAAUUACACGUUCUACGAGACCAAAGAGGGCAUUCUUGUUCCUAUCUUAAACGAGCUGGAGGCCGCCUUCAUAUGCAAAAAGAAGACCCAUUUUGAGGUCGAUGACCAUGAAAUCUGGGUCGUCAGUGUAGAAAACAUAAUACGGCCAAACAAGGACAUCCAGCGUCCAAGUGGUGGCAUUCUAUACUUCGACAGAGGCUUCCAUAGAAUCGGGGACCUGCUAAGCGAAUAA